AGCACAGGGUCGAUUUAACGCAUUCUGAAGUUUGAAAGUGCAUAUGAUACUCAAGCGUAUUUGGUUAUUGCCAAUCUUAGCCGUUGGUUUUCUUCUAGCGGGUAUGUUUAGUGGGUAUAUUAUCGGAACUACUAGAGGCGAUUUUCCUCCAAUUCUCCCCUUCAUUAGUGAUGGAGGUGCUUACUCACCCGAAGCUUCAGUUUUUGGACAACUUCUCAACAUCGCUGGUUUUCUUUAUAUCAUUACAAUUUACAUCAUACAUCAACAUAUUUUCGAAUUCUAUGGGCAUUAUCAGAAGUAUGAACGGACAAAGUGGUGGUAUGGGUGCCAAAUACUGAUGUAUAUAGGAUUUGCAAGCGCUAUAGGACUAAUGUUGGUUGCAAACUUUCGUGAAACGGAGAUUAUAGUUGUGCACAUAAUUGGUGCUUUAUUGGCUUUCUUCUCAAUGGUCAUCUAUGGAUGGGGACAUGUGAUCUUCGAAUACGCUGUUUUGCCGCGUUUGGUGCCACUGUUCUUGUGUCAUAUUCGAGUUAUCAUCAUGCUUGUUACUACAGCCUGCCUCAUAGUAAACCUUGUAGCAGGAUUUUCGAAUGUCUUUGACCAAAAAGACGCAGGCGAAUUUCCUGGGUUCAAUGACAUGAAUCGAACGAAAGACUCACCGUUCUACACGCGGCUGAUAGUGGCUACCAGUACGGAAUGGGGCAUGGUUCUAGCAAUGCAAAUAUUCAUACUAAGCUUCGUGUUCGAAUUGCGGUCGUUCCAUGUGCAAGCCCCCAAAGUCAUCCUCUUCAAACAAGAAAAUGGAGAGAUGCACACAAAGGAGAUUCUAUAGCUAGAGUCGUACGAAAGAAACUUCAACAUUUUCAAACUCCCUUUACUUACAACUUGUUUUUUUUAAAUGUAUUCAAGGUCCUCAGUGCAACGAUUGCAGAUGUGUGAGCAAGGU